AAUGGCAAAGAACUCCACAACAAAGAUGUCCCCUUUCUUUUUGAUAUAUGGAAGGGAUGUGCGACAACCCAUACACCUGAGUUCCACCAUGGAUAUGCUAGACGGAACUAUCCUACAAAGAACUUUUGACCUAAUUGAACAACUCCCAAGAGCUCGGCAAAAUGCAAUUCACCAUAUACAGCAAGCUCAAAUUCAACAGAAAACUUAUCACGACAAGUGA